UUGUAGUCCCAGCUCCUGUUUUCUUUCGUAUAUAAUGACUCACAGUAAAAACCUAAAAGGAACAACAAAACAGGCUCGUAUGUCAGCCAAGGGACUCGUCUUGCUGCCCCUCUUGGCUUCUCUCCCCCAACCCACCCCCACUCUCAUUUAAUACUACUUACCGGUGUCCAUCUUUACUUGACCGUCCUGCCAAUAAUUGUAGUCCCAACCCAUCUCCAUGCCUGCCUGUAUCUGUGCUCAGUCUCAUUGGGUGCUGGUAAUGUGAUCAGAGUGGCACCUACCUCCUCUUCUCCCUUCACAUUUAUUGUUCCUCUUUGAUGUCCCCAUCUCAGGAACUGAAUGGUUGGGGAGCUUAAAACCAGUUCCGCCACUUACUGCCACUGCUGCCUAUUAACCUUUUGGGCUUGUGCUUUUGCUUUAACCCCCCCACUCCCCACCUUCCAAAUCUUCCUCCUCCUCUGUUUCAUCUUUGCUAGGUUCCUUGGGGAUUUGUGACUUACAAAUCAAUUCUGCCGCUGAUUACUUCCCGGCGUGCUGCUGGCUUACGUGUUCUUGGAUUCUUAUCUUUACUUCUCGAUUUGCUUCUUGCACUAUGAGAUCUCUUGCCAAGAUCAGUCCAUUUUGUUUGUUAGUCUUGGCCCUGCAGUUGGUUUACCUGUUCUUUGAUUCCUAGGCUUGCUUCUUGAUUUGCUUCUUUCCACCCGUUUGCCAAGACUGGGUUUCUUGAUCCGGCUGCAGGGGGCCAACUUGGUUUUUUGGCUUGUCAACCCUAUUCCUGGUUCACGCAGUCCCACUCCCCUCUUUCUUCGCUUCUUAUCCAGGUUGCCACUUGUCUCUGUUGGGAUCUCCACUGGUCGCGGUUCUCUUUGAUUAAGGCCGUGCUUGAAUCUGUAGAGGGGGAGCCCUAGUGUGUUGUGACAUGAAUUGGUGAGGAAGGACGCAAGAUUUGACAGAGAGAGGCAGAGAAGUGUAGUUUGGUGUGAGGAGAGAGUGACAAGAGGAAGGAAAGGGAAAGAAAGGAAAAGGUCACGAUAGGGUGAAAGAGAUAAGAGCUCAGUGCAUAACAUAGCUGUAGGGCGCUUUGAGGUGUUGCUUUCAUGGACUGGGAUCUGAAGAUGCCCCCAUGGGAUUUGGCCGAAUUGGAUCGUGACGCCGUACCAAGCCUCGGCUCCUUGGUGGCCGGACCAACCGGCGGUUCUGCCCCGCGAAGCCCCUUGGGCGGUCCGGGUUGCUCCAUCGAUCUGAAGCUUGGGGGAGUGGGUGAUUCUGGGUCAUCAUACAGGUGGAAGGACCACCCCAGGAUAUCGUCUACGACGAUGGUAUCUUCAUCUUCUGGUCCAUCGAAGAGGCAACGGGCUUCGAGCAAUGCGAGCCAGAAUGCCUCGUGCUUGGUUGAUGGGUGCAAAGCAGAUCUUAGCAAGUGCAGGGAAUACCACCGCCGCCACAAGGUCUGUGAGGCUCACUCCAAGACUCCUGUGGUUCUGGUCGGCGGCCAAGAGCAACGCUUCUGCCAGCAGUGCAGCAGAUUUCAUUUGCUUGUAGAGUUUGAUGAGGUAAAGCGUAGCUGCAGGAAGCGUCUUGAUGGACACAACAAACGUCGAAGGAAACCCCAGCCGUGUUCUGUAAAUUCAGGAACCAAAUACUUGGCAUACCCUCAAAUCUUUCCACCCACCUCAACAGAAUCAAACUGGGCUGGAAUUGUCAAAACAGAGGACAGCACAGGAUAUACACAGUGCACAGUUGCAGAUCUCAUCAUCAACAGGAACCCUUUUCUUUCCGACUCUUCUCACCGCUACAGCAAGGAAAGAAAGCAGUUCCCUUUCUUGCAAGAGAGCGAGACCAGCCUCAGCAGCAUAAGCACACUUGGAUCUUUAGUAGGCCAAACACAUUUUAUGACAAGCACCAUGUCUGGAGUCGGCAGCAGCAGCAACAAGAUGUUCUCCAAUGGGCUAUCCCAAGUACUCCACUCCGAUUGUGCUCUCUCUCUUCUGUCAUCGCCGACACAGACAUCGGGCAUCAAACUAAGCCAUGGAAUGCCAUCAUCUGAUCAAAUCCCCAUGGCUGAGCCUCUUGUUCCAAGUUUGCAGUAUGGCAAUGUCACACGUUACUCUCACUCCGCACCAAGAAAUGUUUCACCGGUGGAAUACUCGUGUUCGGUCAUGGGCGACAAUCAUGUGAGCACCGUCUUGGCUUCCGAUGAUGCUACCGAUGCUGAUAUCCAUUGUCAGAGUAUAUUUCAUAUCGGGGAUGAAGGCCCCUCCAAUGGGACCUCUCAAGCUCUUCCCUUCUCUUGGCAGUAGUUAGGGUAUCCUCCGAGAGCUGUCAUCGAACAGAGCAGAGUCUCAUCAUCCUUCCUCUGUCAGGAUUUCUCAAGCUACUUGUUUGAUGGAGUUCUCUGCAUUUAGUUACUGACCAUUUCUGGAAUCAGUCAUCUAGGAGCCUAUAUCAUGGCCUUUGACAUUCUGCAACUCACGGUGGCUGGAGCUAUGAAUUUUGUAUUAUCUGCUUCUACUCAUCUGCAGUAUAAAUCAUUCUCCAAGAAAUUCUUGUUUCAGACACAUAUUUAAUGUUUCGUUUUGGAGGAUUCACUGAUCCAGACUUGGGCUUUCACGGAAGCUGACGAGCUUGGUGUCCUGGAUUUGGUUUGUACCUGUAAUUGAUCGCCCUGCAGUCAUUGCAAGGUGGAUGGCCAGAUCAACUAUUCAGAAAUAUCAAUCAUGAGGCUUGUAAAA